AUGCCAAAGCCCCCUAAAGGGUGGAGAAGAGGGUACCUCCUUACGUUACGCUUCUUCAGAGUCCUGGAGAUAUACAUAGGUGGCAUAUCGUGGUAUAUCGACACUGCCAGACUAAGUUAUGGUUCAACUAAGAAGUGCUGUGCUUUUUGUGAUUCGGAACGCAUUGGAGAGCUGAGUUUUCACUUUUCACUUACGAGUAGGCGAUUAACUGGCACCAUGCUGCAGCAGAUCCUGCGCGACAUGUGGGUGGACCCCGAGAUUCUGGCCGAGCUGGAUGAAACACAGAAGCAGACGCUCUUCUGCAAGAUGAGAGAGGAACAGGUGAGACGUUGGCAACUGUGGGACAAUAAAGUUAGCAAAGAAGAGAAUGGAAGAACUAAAUUCGUUUCUAAUGGAAAAAAGCAAGUCCAGUUUCUCAAGGGAGAGGAUGGUGAGCCUUGGGUGUGGGUGAUGGGAGAACACCCAGAUGACCAAACCAUUGAGAACAUCCUGGCCGAAGAAGCGAGACAACGUGCUUUGGCACAGGCGAGGCAGGAGGCCCACCAGCUUCGCAAAUCCGUGGAGAAAGAGUUGACUCAUCUCAUUGACUACAAACCUUUGGACAGCUUGGAACAGAAAUUCGACCUAUCCCCAAAGACAGUGGAUACAAUAGAAGACACGCUGGACCUGUACUGCACAGUGGACGAGCUCAGGGAACGAAUGGACGCGCUGGACACGGAAGACAAGAAAGAAAUUGAGAAGACAUAUUGCGAAGAUAUUAAGUUGGAUUUGAAGACGAACACUCUGCAUUUUAACUUCAUUGAGGGAAAGAAAGAUGUACAGGACUCCAACGUCUGCCGUGGUGAUGGGGUAAGUCUUCGUGUAGCUGCGUGGGAGCGUCGAGUGGCCGCCGCUCGUGCUGGUGACAUCUUGCGUGGACUCAAAGCAAGGAGGGCGCGCACUCUACGAGACGCUCAGCUACAAGCGAAGGACGAAGAUGCCGUGUGGAGGGAGCAAGAACGAAAAGCGAAAGAAGCUGAGGCUGCGAUGCGAGAAAUAGCAAGGGCUGCUCGGGAAGCUCACCGUCGGAGCAACGAACCGGCUACUAUUUGCCCGCAACAAAUCAACAAGCCACCAAACAGGGAGGCCGUAGUGGAGUGGUUUAAAAGGCAAGAGAUGACGCGCGGUGUCUUUGAUGAGGACAAACCUGUUGUUUGGUUUCAUGGACUAAUGAGCCGUUUGGAAGCAGAACAGGCUCUAUCUAAUAAAUCGGAAGGUAGUUUCCUUGUUCGUCUCUCGGAGCGCGUUUGGGGAUACGCCAUAUCAUAUCGAGCGGAGUCGCGCUGCAAGCACUAUCUCGUGGAUACGAGUGAUGGCUAUCGCUUGCUUGGUGCUGGACAAAUCUCCCAUAAUACUUUAGCUGAUCUCAUAAACUACCACAAAGACGUCCCAAUAACGGAGACUGGUGGCGAGUUGCUGGUCACACCGUGCGUUCCCGCGCAAACUCCUGUCAUUUAG